AUGAAUGCGUUAUAUAAAUUCCUAAAUAACCUUGAAGUAAUUGAUAUUGUAAACGUCUUUUCGUUGACAAUAUGUUUUUACUUAUUCCGUUUUUAUUACAAACAUUUUACCCGUGCGAAUCCUCUUCCUGGUCCAUUACCAAUUCCUUUGAUAGGAACUUUUGAAAUUUUUAGAGCUCAUAUAGAUAUUGAUGCAUGGUUUUAUAAAUUAACUAAACAAUAUGGACAAAAUGGAAUAUUUGAAUUAAACCUUAUUGGUAAUAGACAAAUAGUCAUCACUCGUGCAGAACACGUUAAUAAAUUUAUGUCACCACCAUCAGAAGAAAAUCACAGGAAACAUUUAAUGAGAACCGCUAAUAAUGGACUUUUAGAUGUGUUUGAUCUUGAAUUUAAAGGUGUCGGAUUAAAUCAUAACUAUAAUUUUUGGAGAUUUAAUCGUCAAAUUUUUUCACACGCCAUCAAGACAGCAUGUUUAUCUGACGAAACGGUUAAAAUAGUAAAUAAAUUAUUUGAAGAAAUGACAAAUCAUUGGAUGGAUUUGAGAAAACCUAAUGAGAAUUCAGCAAUUGUUGAUUCUGCAGCUUGGAUGCGUAGAUUUACAAAUGAUUUUAUUUCCGUAAUUACAACUGGAAAUCGUACAUUUGCGAUUAAAAAUUAUCAUCACAAAUUAAAAACAAACGAAGUUACAGAAGAGAUAAUGGAAUCAGAGGAGUUUGUUGAAUGCAUCAGCACCUUCUUUGAUGAUAAUCAAAUGAUAUUUAUACCAAAGCUUUUAAGACCAUUUCCUUUGAUCAGUGGUCGUGUGAAUAAAAUGGUGAAUACACUCGACUAUGUAUAUAAAAGAUUGGUAGAAAGAAUUAGAAAAAGAAGAAAAGAAGUUGAAAAACUUGCUAACACUAGUAACUUUGACCCAUCACAAUUAAAGAAUGAUCUGUUAACUUCCAUGGUCGUUGCCAACACACCAUAUGAAACUACUCCACAAAAAAAUGUUGACCCUUCAUUAUUAAGACCAAUGACUGAUGAUGAAAUACGCGGUAUUAUGUUUGAUGCAUUUGCGGCUGGCACUGAUACUAAGUUAUUGGAAGAGAUCGAAACUGUUUUCAGAGAUGAUCCAAAUAGACCACUAACAAUGGAAGACCUAAACAAAUUAAGAUACUGUGAAGCAAUUAUUAAAGAAACAUCAAGAAUCAGACCUACAGUUAGCAUGGUUUCAAGAUUCCUUGAUCAAACUGAUGAAAUAGCGGGAUAUAAAUGGCCGUCAGACCUUUUAUUCAUCAUGUAUGUUCGUGGAAUUAAUAAUAAUCCACUUUAUUGGAAAGAUCCUGAUACUUUUAAUCCAGAUAGAUUUUACGACCUUAGUUCAGUGGAAAAUCAACAUAAAUUUGCUUUCUCAAUGUUUGGUGGAGGUGUAAGAACGUGUUUAGGUAGAAACCUUGCAAUGAUGGAAAUGAAAAUAUUAUUGGCUUCACUUUAUAGAAAAUUUGAUGUAGAACUUGUAGAUAUGAAAGCACCUCUUGACGUCAGAACUUCAACAGUUACUAUUUGCAAACAUUUAGAUGUCAGAAUUAUCCCUAAAUAUCAAAAUACGCAAUAG